AUGCGCGGCACAGUUGCAUACAAAAUACCUAGAAGUAAAACGUACGGAGCACAGGAUGGAUGCGGUGACGACAAACGACGGGCAAUCGAAAACAACAAUUUUAAGCUGUCAGUUAUCGCUGCUGCUGCUCCAGGCUACGAUGACAGACUGGUGGUGCAGUACGAUAAAAGGAGAGAGAAUCAAGUCGUGUCUUCACUGGCUGAGGUGAUGGCGAUUCGAUGUCGUCGAUCAGAUCGGAUGAUGUCAAAGGUAGCAACAGCCACACCAGCAGUAGCACUAAUCGUAUGGCAGUGCGAACAGCACGACAAUAACAACCACGGAUUCGGUAGACGGCUGGAUGAAUGCAACGCAGCACCGAUGGCUGGCUGGAUGGAUGGAUGGAUGCAACCAGGACAAGCAGCAAAACCACAACAAAGCAGCACAACUGCCCUAGUUAGAUCAGUACCGGAUAGGAUACUAGAUCAGCCAGAUCACAGCAGCUAG